GAAAUUUGAUUUUUCCCUCAUCCGGGAUGACUUGAAACAAUGCAUGAGAGUCAGUCAAGUCUUCAAAGCGAUAACUAAUUAUUCAAUAAAGUAUGUUCUAUUAUGGUUUGGUGAGAGACUUGAUGGACCAGUAAGAAUCAUAAUUUUCUUUUGCGACCUGUGAAAGUUACAGUAGUUUCCCAAUCCUACUAUGGCUUCCACCCUUGUUCUGUUUCUACAGUUCUUCUUCAUGCUAUUUACAAUAAUAGAAGCCACACACACAACAACUGAAAAUAAUAACUCAAGUAUCAUUCCAUUGAGGUCUUCACUCUCUCCAAAAGGCAAAAAUAGUUCAUGGCCAUCAAUUUCUGGCCAUUUUGCUUUCGGAUUUUACCCUCAAGGUAGUGGCUUUGCUGUUGGGAUAUGGUUAGUUAGUCCAUCUGCAAACACAACCACUGUUGUGUGGACUGCUAACCGUGAUGCUCCAAAAGCCUCCUCCAAAUCUAUGCUGAAUUUGACAGAGCAAGGCCUGCUAAUUCAAAGUGGAAGGGGAGAUUCACCAUACAAUAUAGACACAAGAGAUUCAAAUACGGGGUUAGUCUCAUGGGCAUCUAUGCUUGAUUGUGGAAACUUUGUGCUUUAUGAUGAUGAUUUUAAUGUUAUAUGGCAAAGCUUUGAUCACCCAACUGACACCAUAUUAGGAGGCCAGAAUUUGACUAUUGGUGGUGCUUUAGUCUCUAGUAUUUCCAAAUCAGACCAUUCUAGUGGAUGUUUCUAUCUCCCCAUGCAAACUGAUGGAAACAUUGUCGCUUACCCCUCGUACAGCGGAUACAGCCAGCAAGAUGCUUACUGGGCUUCAAAUACUCAGAAUCAGAUGUACAGUUACCAAAAACUCAGUCUUAACAAUCAAGGCUUUCUUUGCGUAAAUGAAGGUGGUGGUAGUGAUAGGGUAUGUUUCAAUGAUAGCAAUAAGCCUAGAAAGAAGUCAUCACACAACAACACAACUUCAAUCUACCGUGCAACACUUGAUGUAGAUGGAAACUUGAGAUUGUAUGAGCACCAAUUUCACUGCGAAAAUAGCUCUCGUGUGGUAAUGUUGUGGCAAGCACUUAAUGAUACAUGUCUAGUGAAGGGGCUUUGCGGGUUGAACAGUUAUUGCACCUCCGACUUAAGUGGUGAUGCUGUCUGCAAAUGUUAUCCUGGUUUCAUCCUAUCCAAUACUAAAAGUGUGCCUAUGGACUGCAUACAGACGCAUAGCAAAGACUAUUGUGAAAGCAGUGAAGACCGAACCUUGUUGUAUAAUUUUACUCGCUUUGAGAAUAUGCAUUGGGAUGAUGUUCCAUAUUCUGUUAUACCCAUGAUGAAGAUGGAAACUUGUGAGAAGGCUUGCGCACGGGAUUGUGGUUGCGGGGGAGCGAUAUAUACCAACGGCAAUUGCAAUAAAUAUAGGCUUCCACUUAUAUGGGGAAGGACUCUAAAUGAUUCUUCUUCCACUGUGUCUGUGGCCUUACUAAAGUCUCCAAAAAAUUUCAUUAGUAUUUCAGCUCCAACCUCAAACGAGACCUACGAGUCUAAGCCUAAUGUUGUUGUUGACAACAAGAAAAACUUGAUAAUGAUCUUAGCGCUUACUUUGGGCGUCGUUUCAUUGAUUUGCUUGGUCAUGGCGGUGUCCAUUUUCUUAACUUACAGGCGUCAAGUUAUUAGGUAUGCAAUGUUGUCUGAAAGUGAAAAACUUGUAUUUACUGAAGAAUGUUCCCUGCGUUCGUUUUCUUUUGACGAACUCGUAAAAUCAACUGGGCAAUUUUCAGAAGAGAUAGGGAGAGGAUCAUUUGGAGUUGUUUAUAAAGGUAAAAUAGGCAACAAUAACAGAAGUAUUGCCGUGAAGAGACUGGAUGAGAGAAUUGCUGAGGAAGGGGAGAGGGAAUUCCAAGCUGAAAUUACAACCAUUGCUCGAACUCAUCACAAGAAUUUAGUUAAGCUUAUUGGUUUCUGCAUAGAAGGAUCCAAGAAGCUACUUGUUUAUGAGUUUGUCAGCAAAGGUUCUCUUGCAAAACUCCUCUUUGAACAAGAAACAAGAAUAACUUGGAAGGAGAGAAUGAAACUUGCAUUGGACGUGGCUAGAGGACUACUGUAUCUACACGAAGAGUGUGAAGUACGAAUCAUCCACUGCAAUAUAAAUCCUCGAAAUAUACUUCUGGAUGAAGCAUGGACUGCAAAAUUAUCUGAUUUUGGAUUGGCAAGGCUAUCAAAGAGGGGACAUUCAAGAACUAGAAUAGGGGAUGAUGGCGCAAGCAGGUACUUGGCCCCUGAGUGGCAGAAGGAGGAUGCAUCAGUAUCAGUAAAAUCUGACAUUUACAGUUUUGGGGUGAUAUUGUUGGAGAUUAUUUGUCUGAGAAGAAGUAUAGAGAUGAAUAAUGUUUCCUCAGCUGAUGAAAUCCUUCUAUCCAGUUGGGUAUAUCAACGAUUUGCAGCAGGACAAUUAAACAAACUUAUCAGACAUGAUGAAAAAGAUGCGGAUUGGAAGAUAUUGGAAAGAAUGGUGAAGGUCGGGUUAUGGUGUGUGCAAAACCACCAAUCUCUUCGCCCUACAAUGAAGAAUGUAAUAUUGAUGUUGGAAGGUUUGAAAGACAUUCCAGUUCCUCCAUCUCCAACUCGGUUGGUUGAAUAGUCAGGUAGGGACAUUAUGGGUUGCUGGUGUGAUUUGUUAUUUGUGCUUCUGCAGUUUCAUUUUUAUCUUGAAUUUGUUGUUCUUGUUGUUUACUCAUGGAAGUUGUGUUAUUUUAAAUAUUUGUGUAGUAUUUGCUUGUGUUAUUUCUUUAUAACAUGUAUUUCUAGAGUUUCAGUGUUAGCUUGAAUUCAGGUUGUGUUGUGAUUAACUUGAUCAAAAGCUAGUUGUGUUUGGCAGACGUCUAAAUAUCAAAUAUUGGUAUGGCAUGUGGGUAUCUUUCCUUUGUGAUACAAAUUUUAAUUAUGUAUUUGUUGGAACAAUGUGCUAUUGACAGUAUAAGAAAGAAGGAGAAAAACUAUGUUCA